CGUCUUGGUCUGUGGAAUGUGGAUUUUUCAUUUUCCUUUUUGCUUUUGUUAAAUGAAUAAAUGCGGUUUGAGACUAAAAAAUAAAAUCAUUCAUAACUAAUGGUUUUAAUUUUUUAUAUAAGUAGUCCUAUUUGAUAAUUUUGAUAUGGAUUUAAAAUUUUAAUAAAUAAAUGAUAACCUUUCUCUACUAUCUUUCUUUAAUGAUUAUUGAUUUUCAAGAUUCAACUUUACCUUCUAACCAGGAACUUGAACUUGCAGAAAUGCUCUGUUGUAUGAAAUAUAUGUAGUACUUUUUUAUCAAUAACAACUUAGAAUGCGUCUCACGACUCGUUUAUUGUCUUCAGUCAUUCAGAAAAGGCCAUUUUAUAUAACAACCCCAAUAUUUUAUGUUAAUGCUGCACCUCAUUUAGGACAUUUGUACACUGCAGUUGUGGCAGAUGCAAUACAACGGUUUGAAAAAUUAACAAAUCCUGAAACAAAUGUGAUCUUUAGUACUGGCACAGAUGAACAUGGUACUAAGAUCCAGCAGGCUGCCGCUAAAGUGAACCUCUCUCUACCAGACUACUGUACAGCUAUAUCACAGGAAUAUAGAGAUUUAUUUAAAGAUUUUCAUGUUGAGUUUACUGAUUUUGUACGAACUACAGAAGAGAGGCAUAAAAAAGCUGUUAAGCAUUUUUGGAAAAAAUUAGUUAAAAAAGACUAUAUAUACAAAGCUAAGUAUUCAGGAUGGUAUAGUGUGAAUGAUGAGGCAUUUGUGCCUGAUGCUCAGAUUAGAGUUGAUGACAAACCUGAUGGCAAGGUGAGAGUGUCAGUAGAAUCAGGACACAAAUUAGAAUGGACAGAGGAGACAAACUAUAUGUUUAGAUUGAGCGCAUUCAAGCAGCACCUCAGAGAAUGGCUUCAGACAGAUGGUGUAGUGAGACCUAGCAAAUUUCAAAAGCAGUUGCAAGAAAUGGUUGAAAACGAUGUAUACCUACCAGAUAUUUCCGUCAGUAGACCGGCAUCCAGGGUUCAUUGGGCUAUACCAGUGCCGGACGAUGAAGAGCAGAGUAUAUACGUUUGGCUGGACGCACUAAUAAACUACCUUACGGUGUGCGGAUACCCCGAUGAUGACCACAUGAAGGACAAGGGUAGACCCUGGCCUGCAGAUGUACAAGUUGUCGGAAAGGAUAUAUUGAAAUUCCACGGCAUCUACUGGCCAGCAUUCCUAAUGGCCGUCAAGUGGCAUCCGCCACGUCAGUUGCUCUGCCAUAGUCAUUGGACGGUCGAUGGCAGUAAGAUGUCAAAAAGUCUCCACAACGUGGUAGACCCAAGGCAUACGGCUGCAUCUCAUGCUCUUAGAUAUUUAAUGUUAAGAGAGGCAACAAUGGCGGAUGACGCUAAUUAUAGCGAAACAAAACUUAUCAACAUAGCGAACUCCGAGUUAGCAGAUACUCUAGGCAAUUUAGUAAGUAGAAGCUGUGGGCCUGCCCUGAAUCCAAGAUGUGAGUUCCCCGCCUUACAUCAGCAGGAAUUCGCAGAGUGUUGCCAGCUCCAAGUGACGUCACAGUUAUUAGAUGCAGUGGAAAGGUUGCCAGACAUAUGUCGCUCGCACUAUUCAAACUACCAAUUCUAUAAAGCAGUGGAUGCGGUCAUACACGCCUUACAUUUAGCCAAUUUGUUCUUCGAAACCUUAAAACCCUGGGAGCUCAAGAAAAAACCGGAAAGCCAAAAAGAGUUAGAUGUUGUACUCCAUUUAACACUCGAAACUUUACGUAUUUGCUCAAUAAUUCUACAGCCAGUAAUACCAGAUAUAACAAAUAAGCUUUUAGAUAAAUUGCAAGUCGGGAAGAAUUUAAGGAGUUGGCAACACUGUGAGAAACCGUCUUGGCGGUUGAAGGGCGCCAUCUAUGAAACGAAGAAUAUACAAAGCGGAAAGUUUGUUUUGUUCCCGCGUAUUUAUAUUGAUAAGAGUAAUGUGAAAAAGAAAAAGGCUAGUGCGUGAUAAUUUAAUUAGUACAAUUAAUACCAUUGUUUAUUAAAUAACGUUUUAAAUUUGUUUGAAAAUGCGAAUUAUAUGUGAAUGUCUAACUUAACAAACAGUACGAUUGAUGUAAAAUUAGAUCAAUCUUAUAAUAAGCUGCACACGUAAACCUGUGUACAUUGUAAGAUUAUGAUAAGUAAUAGCAAUCGAAAAGUAUCGGAGAGUUUCUUGCCAGUUCUUCUCGCCAGCCAGCAGCCUAUGAUUUGGGAAUUGGUACUAAAUUCACAUUUAAAUCUAAUUAAUAUUAACGGUACAUAGUUAUCAAUAUGAAUAAAUAAUUUGUUUUGGAUUAUAACAAUGCCAAAUGAUCUUAUUAAUUUAGCAAAUUAUUUCCUCCUUCUAAAGUCGUUUACCCGGAUUACGGCUAGAAAUAACUUUUUUUAAUAUCUUGCAAAUAAUUUUGUUAGUCUGGGAUAGCGUGUUCUAAUGUAGAAGUUUAAACUCGGUCCAGUAGUUUUUGAGUUUAUUCGUUACAAAUCUUUACAAUGUAAGUAUAGUUAUGAAUUCAGUGUUAUAAUGUGCCUUAUCUUUUCUUAACAUUAGCAUAAUCGGGUUUAAAUAAAACACAUCAAUUAACUUAGUCGAAUGAGAAUAAGCGAUAAUCAUUUAAAAAUAUCUGCAGACAAUCCUUAAGUUCUUAUGAUUUUAAUACUUUCUCUUAAUAAAAAUGUGAGACUCGGUUUCCCUGUAUAUAGUUAUAAAUAGUUUAAUAAAGUUCCCUAUAUAGUUUAAAAAUCCCACGGGUAUGUUUAAAAAUAUAGUCAUUAGGGGGAUAUAGAUAAGGUCAACAAACCCCGUGUUUUAGCCUAUUGAUAAAUAUCGUUAUGACCUUUCAAUACAUUUUUUCUAUGUUCGACUGUAUAAGUGUAGAUUAUAUAUCCGUAGACCGUAGUAUAUUGUAGCUAGUCAAUUAGUGUGAAAUAUUACAAAUGUACAACAUUAUGUACUGAAAAUCUGUACUAGCUUUUGAAUGUUACUGGUUUUUUUUUUUUAAUUUUGUUAAAGGUUUGUUUAAAUGAGAUUAAUUUAUAAGUUGCAAAUCCUACUAAUCUCAUCUUUCCUAUUAUAAAAUGUAUAGAAUAUUUUUAAAUGUUACGCAAUUCUAUAUAUAAAUGGACUGUUCAGAAUCAGUUAGUAAUCAAUAAAAUUAUUAUGCGAUAA